CCCCAACCUCAUGGAACUAUUCUCCCUCUGUAAUAUCCAUUCAACUCAACUAUCGAUUUCCAAGGAGCCCCUCCAAUAUACCAAUACAAGACAAAGACAUUCUUUCUGUUUUCGUCUCUUUUGUCUGGUUUUGUCUUGUUCUGUCUUGGAUCCAUUGUCUCACUUUCGCUACCGGCCACUCUCAAGACCGUCGUCGAACACCACCUGACUACGAAAGACCUGACGACAUUGUUCACGACUUUGCUUUCGCUCCCUUUACUCUGUACCCCGCCCUCUUUACAAAGGGCCUACAAAGGGGAAUUCAAUAAUAUAUAACAUAUAUCGACAAUGUCUCUAGCAGUGACGCAACAACCACAAAGGGAGCUUGAUGCACCAAAACUUGAUACUGCUCUCGCCCAACGGGUACAAACACAGUCACAGCCUCGAUCUCAAAUACAGUCUUUAUCUGUCGAGCCUCCUAUUUAUUCUCCUUCCGCCGAUGCCGACUCGUCACCCGAAAGCACACCUACAACAAUGAUUCCUUCACAACGACAACUUUCUGCAGCUCCUGCGCUGCCAGCCAAGAGCUCACUCCGAGCUUCAAGAUGCCUCGAUGGUCUCUUGACACACAAGCUUACCCCCGAGGGUCAAGCUCCUUUCUCUACUCCCCAUGAUGUCUACCUCUCUUCAGAAGAAGAUGCGUCUUCUUCUGCCGAUGACUUUUCCGAUUUCGAAUUCGACUCUGGUAGCGAUGAAUCCCAGUCAACUCGAAGGGGAAGUCAAGAGGACACCGCCAAGGUCGUUUCAGUUGUUUUCUCUGGAAAGCCCUCAGUGAUUGAUCUUCCUCGACGAUCAGUCUCUCCCAGCAUCAUCAGUGAAGCUUCUUCCCGACCUUCAUCAAGAAUGUCUAUUUCAUCCCGACCUCCUAGCCGCCUCCGCAGAACCACCACUCUCCCAGUCACUCUUCCCGUCCUCGACCGACGAAUGUCUUUCUGCACUACUUCUUCCGGAUCAGUCAUGCACCCUCCACGAACAAGCAGCAUGGGAACUCGUCUCGAGAAGCAACGACCCGAUUUUCUCAGCAUUGACCCCUUCGCCAAAGUUGAGCCCGAGGUCAAGGAAGAGGCCACUGAGAGGCCCAAGACACCAAAGUCACCCGGUGUUUUCAAGCGUACACUAAGCUUGGUGAAGAAGCGAAGUCGACCUUCGCUCAACACCCAUUUCGCCAGUCAAUCCAAGGAUAACCUUUCCCUCUUCACACCCACUUUCCCCAUGGAGCAGGUUCGAGAAGAACCAGGCACAGACUCCGAGGAGAGGGCCCCCAAACCCAUUCUUCAAAAGGCGCCAACCUAUCACGAGUUCGCCCAGAGGAGGAUGUCUUCAGCACCAAUGUCUCCCAUGUCACCUAUGUCUGAACCCGGAUCUCCAAUGACACCUAAUGGCACUCGUAGCCGUUUAAGGCAAGGAUUGGCAGCAGCCGCGAGAAGGCGAAGCGUCAAGGUUUAAAGACCUGACCUGUACUUUUACGAAUUAUGACUGGGCAAAACGGAUACGGGUGCUAGACGCCUCUAAUAUUUCUCCUUUGUCACUAUCUUCUGUAUCGACCAAAAAAGGUCCUAGGGCAAAGGAAACAGGCGUUCUAUGGACAUAUUCUGCUGGACAAGAAAAACCGGCGUUGUAUUGUAUUAACUCACCACUCGAACUGAGAAUGGCGUUUUGGGAUAUAUCAAACAUGCUUUGCAAGCAUCACGACCUUGGACAGGUCUAUUGGAUGGAUUUUUGUCAGAUAAAUUGUUAAUGAACAACCGCAAAAAGACGGUCAGGCAUAUCAUGGAUGGAGUUUUAGCUUUGUUCUGAUGAAUAACAAUAUCACGAUUGCUGCUACA